UGCCCUGCGCUGGGCGCGCCCCACCCGGCAGGCGCCCGCUCCUCGACCCGACGCGACUCCCCAGUCCCCACGGCACGGGCCACCAGCCCUCCUCCGUCCAUCCACCCGCAAGUCAGCGUCGGCCGCCCCUCACAUGCGCGAGAGGCGGCCGCCCCUCGUCGUAGCAGUGAAAAAAGGCACGCGGAAAAGCGCAGGCAGCGCCGCGCCCGCCACGCCACCAGCGAUCGACAGAUCGACCGGCGGCCGCACGCGGGAUGAUGAAGGACGCCAAGUGGCCGCACGCGGCGGCGAGCGCUGGCGGGAGGCGCGCCGCGGGGGCGCCGUACGCGCUCCUCGCCUCCUCCCCGCCCGCCAGCGUCGGCAACGGCGGCUGCUCGCCGCACUACCCUCCCGCCCCGGCGUCCGACGACGACGGGGGCCCCGCCUCGUUCGACGCGGCCGUCGCCUCGGCCAGGCCGCCGUUCCAGCAGCAGCAGCAGCAGCAGCCGGCGCAGAGGAACCAUGGCCCCCAGCUCGGCGUCGCGGACUGGCUGCUGCUGCAGCGGCAGUCCAGCGGGAGCAGCGUCGGGGGCGACGACGGCGAGGGGUCCUCCACGGCCUCCACCCUCGCCAACGCGGCGGCGGAGUACAGGGACAGGGGCGACGCCGACCGGCCGCCGAGCAGCAGCGGCGGCAAGAGUUGGGCGCAGCAGGCGGAGGAGGCUUACCACCUCCAGCUCGCCCUCGCGCUCCGCCUCUGCUCCGAGGCCUCCUCCGCCGCGGACCCCAACUUCCUCGACUCCUCAUCCAACGCCGCCGCCGACCACCUCCAGCACAUCGCGUCGCCCCAAUCCCUCUCGUACCGCUUCUGGGUCAAUGGCAGCUUGUCCUACUCCGACAAGGUCCCGGACGGUUUCUACCUCAUCCAGGGGAUGAAUCCCUUCAUAUGGACGCUCUGCAACGACGUGCACGACGGCGGCCGCGUCCCCUCCAUCGAGUCUCUCAAGGCUGUCAAUCCCACCGAAUCUUCCAUUGAGGCGGUCAUCGUAGACAAAGUGGCUGACUACGAGCUGAGGCAGCUGAUAAGCAUGGCUAUCGAUGUUUCUCGGAACCGUGCUGACUCCAAGGAGAUCGCCACUCGACUCGCAGGCGUCGUGUCCGCAAAGAUGGGGGGAUCAGUAGCAGCUACUGAGGAACACGGGUUGGGACCGCGGUGGAGAGAGACUGUUGGGUUCCUGAAGAUUAGCUCAGGGUCUGUUGUCCUUCCAAUUGGAAAGUUAUCAAUUGGCUUUUGCUGCCACCGAGCGCUACUGUUCAAGACCCUGGCGGACUCCAUCAAUCUCCUCUGUCGCAUUGUGAAGGGAUGCAAGUACUGCAAAGCUGGUGCUGCCGCUUCUUGCUUGGUGCGCUUUGAUCAUGACAGGGAAUAUCUAAUUGAUUUGAUAGGGAACCCAGGAUUCUUAUCUGAACCUGACUCCCUCUUGAAUGGACUAUCAUCCAUCUCGGUUUCUUCACCAUUGCGCCCACCAAAACAUAACUCAGUUGAUAUUGCUGAUAAUUUCAAGUCGUUGGCCAAGCAAUAUUUCCUUGAUUGUCAAGCGCUAAAUCUCAUGUUCAGUGAUCCAGCAGCUGUUAUCAACUUAGAUGAGGCUGUGGGAUCAAAUCUAGGUCCAAACUCAUCACAUGGAACAAACAGUGAUUGUCAAGCUACCUUUCCUCAUCUUAAGGCUGGUGCUCAACUCGGUAGUCAAGAUGAAAAUUUUAUAAUGCGAAGGAGUUUCCCGGAGGAUACUCAGUCUGGACUAAGUGAUCCCUUUAGUGAUAUGUCUCUUGACAUAGAAGACUUGAUUAUCCCAUGGAGCGAGCUUGUUUUGAAAGAAAAAAUUGGUGCAGGUUCUUUUGGUACUGUGCACCGUGCAGAUUGGAAUGGCUCGGAUGUUGCUGUAAAGAUUCUAAUGGAGCAGGACUUCCACCCAGAGCGACUCAAAGAAUUUCUGAGAGAGGUUGCAAUUAUGAGAAGUUUGCGACAUCCAAACAUUGUUCUUCUUAUGGGUGCUGUUACUCAACCACCUAACCUUUCAAUUGUCACCGAAUACCUAUCAAGAGGUAGCCUGUACAGGCUUUUACACAGGCAUAGUGCAAGGGAAAAUCUCGAUGAGCGGCGGCGUUUGAGUAUGGCUUUCGACGUGGCAAAAGGGAUGAAUUAUCUUCAUAAGCGCAAUCCUCCAAUAGUCCAUCGGGACCUAAAGUCACCAAACCUGCUGGUUGACAAAAAGUACACUGUGAAAGUCUGUGACUUUGGUCUCUCCAGAUUGAAGGCGAACACCUUUCUGUCUUCUAAGACUGCAGCAGGGACUCCUGAGUGGAUGGCACCAGAAGUUCUACGUGAUGAGCCAUCAAAUGAGAAGUCUGAUGUUUACAGCUUUGGUGUUAUCCUAUGGGAGCUCAUGACAUUGCAACAACCAUGGAGCAAUUUAAACCCAGCUCAGGUGGUAGCAGCUGUUGGUUUCAAGGGACGAAGGCUUGAGAUUCCAAGUAGCAUCGAUCCAAAAGUGGCAGCAUUAAUUGAUUCCUGUUGGGUCAGAGAACCCUGGAGACGGCCCUCGUUUGCCAGUAUCAUGGAAUCCCUGAAACCGCUCAUCAAAACACUACCACCCAAUGAACUCCCCGAGGAAAAUUAGUCGCAGUCCCAGAGACACAAGCUUCUGACAUCUUAGGCAGCAAAAGAUGACUAGCUAUCUUGUUUAUUAAGCAUAGAGGUUCCAGUUCUUGUUAUAAUAGUUACGUUUGUGUUCUGAAGUUUAUUCAGAUUAUAGAUCAUACAGAUUGCCGCACUGGUCAUAUUCUUCAAGAACGCUGGUUUUUGUGACAAUAUGUAUAAUCAUACUACAUUGUAAUGUACAUAGAAAAAUGAACAGGCUGUGAAUAAAUUCCAUCAGUUCAGUCCUAACACGAUCUUCA